GGUCUCGUGGCGGCCCCGCCGCUGGGCCUCGUAGCGGGGAUCCUCCGCUGUCCCUCGGUGCAGGCCCACGCCUUGCCGGUGGGAGGGCGGUCGGUCAGCGGCGUCGUGCCCCGCUCGGGACUGUGGCCAUGACGCUGAGGAAAAGGCUGCGAGGAAAUGAGUGGCUUGACUUUUUCUGGAGUGAUGUGUGUCUGUGCUCCCUGCUGGUUUUAGCCCAGAGUGAUAAGUGUCUCUGAGGACAGGGCUUAUCUUAGUUACUUAAAGUUAGCUCAAGUUUUUAAGGUACAGUGUGGUGACUUCCCUCAUCUCUUGGUGUAUGGACCAUCAGGAGCUGGAAAAAAGACAAGAAUAAUGUGUUUGUUGAGGGAAUUAUAUGGUGCAGGAGUGGAAAAACUGAGGAUUGAGCAUCAGACUAUAACGGCACCUUCUAAGAAGAAAAUUGAAAUUAGCACCAUUGCAAGCAAUUAUCAUCUUGAAGUUAACCCAAGUGAUGCAGGAAACAAUGACCGUGUAGUAAUUCAGGAACUCUUGAAGACAGUAGCACAAUCCCAACAGCUUGAGACAAGUACUCAAAGAGAUUUUAAAGUGGUGCUGUUAACAGAAGUCGACAAACUCACUAAAGAUGCUCAGCAUGCUUUGCGGAGAACGAUGGAGAAGUACAUGGCAACUUGCAGAUUGAUCCUGUGCUGCAACUCCAUGUCAAAAAUUAUAGGACCUAUUCAAAGCAGAUGCCUGGCUGUACGAGUGCCUGCUCCCAGCAUUGAAGAUAUCUGCCAUGUCUUGUCCAGUGUGUGUAAGAAAGAAGGCCUGACGCUUCCUCAGGAACUGGCUCAAAGGCUUGCAGAGAAAUCUGGCAGGAAUCUUCGGAAAGCACUGCUUAUGUGUGAAUCCUGCAGAGUACAACAGUAUCCUUUUACUGCUGAUCAAGACAUUCCUGAGAUGGACUGGGAAGUUUAUUUGCGAGAGACUGCAAAUGCUAUUGUUGGUCAACAGUCACCACAAAGGCUUUUAGAGGUCCGUGGACGGCUUUAUGAGCUCCUGACACACUGCAUUCCUCCUGAGGUUAUAAUGAAGGGCCUCCUGAUAGAACUCCUAAAUAACUGUGAUGGGCAACUGAAAGGAGAAGUAGCACAGAUGGCGGCCUUCUACGAACACCGCCUGCAACUGGGCAGCAAAGCCAUUUAUCAUCUGGAAGCAUUUGUUGCCAAGUUUAUGGCAAUUUACAAGAAGUUUAUGGAGGAUGGACUAGAUGACAUGAUGUUCUAACUCUGAUGCCCAAAGUCAUACACAAAAUGUUGUGUCAUGAUGCCAGUUAUUUUGCAAAUGUUGUCAUCUUGUCCAUGCUUGAUUGUAUGUGUGUCUAGUCCAUAGUAUAAUAUUUUAUUUUGCUAUUAAUAUAAAACACAGUGAGCUAAAGAACAAUAGUUGUUCCCUUUUAGAAACCAGAUGGAUUGUUUGACAGCCACAAAUCCUUCUUUAGCUCCCUACGAAAUACAUUAGGUUUUCACAAAUACAAGUGGCCUUGGAAGGUGUAGGAGAUCGUAGUUGCUUUGCAGCAUUUUUAAGCUGGCAUUAAGAAGAAAGAACAUGGGUGCUGCAUGCUUGCUUUCUGAUUGUUUAUGGGCAAGGCUGUAAGAUAUUUUUCCAUAUUAUAGUAUGCUCUGCCUACUGAUUUGUGUAUCUCACUGUUUUUUCAGGCUGCUUUUAUUUUAGCCACACUGUUUUCUGUGGUGUGUUGAUGCAGAAUGUUUUCUGAUUCUUGUCUUAAGCAGUUGCAAUGAAAUUGUGGAUAAGCAAUACUUUUGUGUUGCUUGUAAAUCAGUUAGUUUGACAACACGGAACAUUUUGUUCAGAAGGGAUAUACCUAUAUUAAAGCAAGUCCACUUGCUGUCUGACACUUUCAGGUUCACCUCAGCAUAUGUAAUGCUGUUCAGAUUAUUCCUUUAUCUUUGGUUUAACCAAGGGUAAGGUUUCAACUUUUAACAGAUAUUCUUUCACCUCUUAAAUUGAUAUGUGAUGUUUUUUAAAAUGGCAAAAUAAAUUGUAGAAAUAUGAACAACAAA